AUGUCAAAUACUGGAGAUGCAAAUGAUCCUAUUGUUCUUCUUAAAAAAUCCACUAAGAAAAAGAAGGUUCGUAGAUCUCCAGUGUGGGAACAUUUCAUAGAAAUGAUUGAGAAAGAGGGAGGAGGUGCUAGAUGCAAAUACUGUAAUGUAAAAUAUCAAUGGGUGAGUGGGAAUGGGACUAGUACAAUGGGCAGACAUAUUACAAGGUGUAAGAUGUACCCUUACAAUAAAUAUAAGAAACAAAAAAUUUUAUCUUUUCAAUCAACAACAGAAGAUAGUUGUGAUAAUAACCUGGGUGUUUGGAAGUCUGACCAAGAGCUUGGUAAAGAAGCAGUUGCUAAAAUGAUAAUCAUGGAUGGGUUGCCUUUCAAUUUUGUAGAACGUGAAAGAUUUCAAAAUCUUCUUAAUGUGUUACAACCUAGGUUUAAAAUCAUGUCACGUACUACAGUGGCAAGGGAUUGCUUGGUUUUUCACAAAGGUGAGGCAAUUGGUCGAGCGACAGAUGCAUGUUUGAAUGAGUGGGGUAUAGAAAAACUUUGCACACUUACUGUUGACAAUGCUAGCUCAAAUGAUGUUGUUGUUGAUAAAUUAAAGACCAAGUUUAAUAAGAAACGUGACUCUUUCAUUUUAGAUGGUGACUUCUUUCACAUGAGAUGUAGUGCACAUAUCCUUAACUUAAUUGUAAAAGAUGGGUUAAGUGAAUUGAAAGUUUCAAUAGCUCGAAUCCGUGGGGUUGUGAGGUGGAAUUCCACUUAUAUGAUGUUAAAUGUUGCAUUAAAAUUUCAAAAGGCAUUUGAGAGUUCUUUAUAUGUUACUGCUAAUGUAUAUUUUCAUGAAGUUUGUUUAAUUGAAAGGGAGUUGUCCGAUUGCAUAAAAAAUUUGGAUCCUCGUUUAGCCAUAGCUGCCAAAAUAAAGGUGAAAUUUGACAAGUAUUGGGGCAGCAUUGAGAAAGUGAAUAUGAUGUCAGUGGUUGCUAUUGUGUUGGAUCCUCGCUUUAAGUUGAACUAUGUGGGUUAUUGUUAUAGCCAAGUUUAUGAUUAUAACAUGGUGAAUGCUCUCAUAGAAAAGGUAAUAGGGGUAUUAAAGCGUAUUUAUCGUGAGUAUGAAAAAUUAGAUGUGGACAUUUCAUCUUCAAGUCAAACUUCUAAUAUCAUGGUGGUUGAUCAACCAAGCAGUGGUGUUGGUGCAAGUGAUAGGAAUAGUGGUCUAACAGCAAUCACAAUGCGCCAAAAGACAUAUUGGAAACAUUUGGAAGAAGUAGGAGGAAUAAUGGGAAGCAAAUCAGAAUUGGGCAGAUAUUUAGAGGAAGUGUGUGAAAAAGAUGAAAACUCAAAAUUUGACAUCUUGAAUUGGAGGAAAGUAAAUUGUUCAAGUACGGGAGGUCGUGUCCUGGAUCAAUUCCGUAGUUCUCUUACUCCUAACAUUGUGCAAUGCUUGAUUUGUGGACAAGAUUGGUUGCGUGCAUCAUGA